CCCUGCUCCCCUCUUGCCCUCACGCUAGCUCUUCUCACUGGCUCCUCCGGACGGAAGCUCCCUGGGUGUUUCUCCAGAAGUUUCCCCCUGGGCGGCGGCAGAGACAGCGCGAAGUAUGGCGGCGGCGGGACCUGCAACGGCGUCGCGGUUGUUCCCGCCCCCGUCGGACCGGCAGAUCGAAGAGGACCCUCAGGCUGCCGCCGAGGCACUGACAAGAGCACUGGAAGAAAAACCAGAUGAUGCAGAAUAUUACUGCCAAAGAGCUUAUGCCCACAUUCUUCUGAAGAAUUACUAUGAAGCUGUUGUAGAUGCAAAGAAGUCUCUUGGACUCAAUCCAAAUAAUUCCAUAGCUCUGCUAAGGAAAGGGAUAGGUGAAUACCAUGAAAAAAACUAUGCUGAGGCUCUAGAGAGUUUCACAGAAGGACAUAAAUUAGAUGAUACAAAUAAUACUUUCAACACCUGGAUUAAAAGGUGUCAAGAAACUAAAAAUAAAGAAGUAUCAGAACCUGGGAUGAUUGUACAACAGCAAACCCAGCAAUCAAAAAUCAAGUAUGACUGGUACCAAACAGAAUCUCAAGUAAUCAUUACACUUAUGAUCAAGAAUGUUCAGAAGAAUAACAUAAAUGUGGCAUUUUCAGAAAAUGAGUUGUCUGCAGUGGUGAAACUUCCAUCUGGAGAGGACUAUAGUUUAAAGCUUUCACUUAUUCAUCCUAUAGUACCUGAACAGAGCACCUUUAAAAUACUUUCAACAAAGAUUGAAAUAAAAAUGAAAAAGUCAGAGGCCGUAAGAUGGGAGAAGCUGGAGGGACAAAGAGAUGUAUCCAAACCCAAACAAUUCACACCAGAUUCAAAGCACACGUAUCCAUCAUCCUCUCAUUAUACAAGGAAUUGGGACAAAUUAGUUGGUGAGAUCAAGGAAGAAGAAAAGAAUGAAAAGUUAGAAGGAGAUGCAGCUUUAAACAAAUUAUUUCAACAGAUCUAUUCAGAUGGUUCUGAUGAAGUGAAGCGUGCCAUGAACAAGUCAUUUAUGGAGUCUGGAGGCACAGUUCUGAGUACCAACUGGUCUGAUGUAGGUAAAAGGAAAGUUGAUGUUAAUCCUCCUGAUGACAUGGAAUGGAAAAAGUUCUAAAUAAAUCAGUUUGCUAUCAGUGUAUUGAGUAUACUCACCUAAUGUCCACUGUGUCUAUAUACAUUGCAUUCUGAAUUUGAGAACAGAAUAUUUCCUUUAAAAAUGAUACCUCCUCUACUUCUUCUCUACUUUAGAAGUUGCUUUUCCUGCAGUUAUUCUAGGUGUCUGAUCAAGUAUGAAGUUCACGUUUUAUCAUUUCUGUAAUUAAGGGUUCCAGAAAUUCAUUUGUCUUGUUUUCUGCUAGAUAGAUUAGUUCUGUACUUCUGUAGGGAGGGGAAAUCAUUCGUUGGAUAUCUAGGAUUCUUGCCUUAUUUUUGAUGCACAGUGUUCACUUAAUUUAUUAGAUUUGGCCCCCUUGGGUGAACAUAGGUUUUUUUCAACUGAUAUGUUACAUUGUGUUUGCUUUUUAACUCUGCCUCUGAAUGAAGAUGUAAAUAUACUUUUUCUAUGAAGAA